AUGGAUCCAUUGGAGCAAAGCCAUAUUGCACUGAGAGGAGAUGUGGACUCGAUGAAAAACCAGAUAGACCAACUUGUUGAGGCUAUGGUAGCUUUAGCAAAGAGAGAGGACAACAUUCAGCAGAUUGUUGUGGUUGAGAAUGUUAUGUUGGCUCCAAUAAAUGAUCCUACCCAACCUCAGCCUGUGCGAACCCCAGUUGAUAACUCUGUUGUACAGGAAUGUCAUAUUGUUCAAGAUUCCUCUUACCAGGAUGUUGUUGAGUAUCACAACUUUGCAUUCUCCAUUCCAGAUUCCCAUGGAAAAAGCCUAGUGGUUAAUGCUGAACAACCACAAUAUGAGGAGAUUGCUAAAAGAUGCCGCGUGCUAGAGAAAAGACUCAUGGCCAUAGAAGGAAAAGAUACUCUUGAAUUGAAUGCCUUAGGCAUGUGUUUGGUACCUAACCUGGUUAUACCCGCAAAAUUCAAAGUACCAGAAUUUGAGAAGUACAAAAGGGAUAGUUGUCCAAAACACCAUUUGGUGGUGUUUUGCAGAAAGAUGACCUCUCAUGCCGUCGAUGAUAAGAUAAUGAUUCACUCUCCUGAUCGCAUGCAGCUGAAAGCCUUAUCUAAAGAGAGCAAUGAAUCCUUCAGAGGGUAUGCCCGAAGAUGGAGAGAGUUAGCGGCUUGCGUUGAGCCACCACUCUUAGACAAAGAAUUGAUGGAAUUAUUCAGGGACACCCUGCAAAGUCCAUACUUCGAAAGGAUGAUUAGCAUCGCAGCAUCAGACUUCGCUCACUUAGUGACAAUUGGAGAACGCAUCGAGAGUGCCCUAAAAAGUGGAAGAAUCCAAGGCGCCUCGAGCAACCAAGCUAGCGAGACAGAAUCCCUCAACGAUUCCCAAAAGGAAGAAGAUGAUGAAAUAAAUGCAGUCAUGGUAGAUGUUGGGUAUUCUCACGAUGCACCAGCCAGACCUUAUGGUUCUUCACCUUCUCAGCAAUCACCAUUUCCAACACCACGUUAUCCUUAUAGGCAACCAACAAGGCCUAGAGCACCAUUCAAGCAACCAUGGAUUAUUCCUCAUACAAAUCAAAGAUCUCGUGGUCAAGGAUAUCAUAAUCAGCAUCUGAACCAGCAUAGGCCUCGAAACAAUCUGGAAAGAAGGAAUGCUCCUCUCGAUCCAAUCCUUAUGUCAUACGGUUAA